AUGUCUCCAACUGCAGCCGAAGAUGACAGUGAUUUGGAAAGGGCUAUUGCGUUGAUGUCAUCAAAUGGGUGCUUUCAUAUGAAACACCUUCAUUCGUUUCAGUCUGUGUCCUUCCACCUUCCCUUUCGCAGUUGUGUUGGUUGUUGCAAGCGUCUUCAGCUCUUUGGUAGUACUUCAUUAGCCCAGGUGGUUCAGUGCAAAUCCUGUGGAGGUUUUGCACAUCGUUCUUGUGCUUUUUCUAAGUCACUGGCGUGGAAAGAAGCCUGUCAGGUGAAUCAAAAGUUGCUUCAGGAGAAUGGCGAUAGCAGCACCUCUGAAGGCUGCAACAACCCAUUAAUCCUCCGACCCAUGAACUACUCGCAGCUGGAAGAAACACCUUCCGCAGCAACUGAUACAAUGCGUGAUGACUCUUCGACUUCAUCAAAUUCGAAUUUGGAUCAUGCUGAUCGAAAUAGCAUAUUUCGCACUCCGCCUACGGUCACUGCUCCAGAUGCCAUAAGAAGAGUUGUUUCAGAAGGUGAACCGAGUCGGAAGCGAAAGUAUACAGGGAAAGCUAGCUUUCCGUUUCUUUCUGCAUCGAAACUUUUUCUGGAGAAUGGGGUUGAUGAAACAUCAGGCAAUGGGUAUCUGAACGUGCCAACCAGAGUGCAGCGGAGUCAGACUUGGGAUGGGCGGUGUCAAUUGGAUUCAUUACUCGACAAGGAAAGUGGCUUUUGUCAGAGAGAUGGUGGAGAACAUUCCUUGUUCGAUUCAUCCUUCGAAUGGACGGAAGAUGGCCCUCCCAUGCACUGGGCCAACCAGGACCUCCUCAAGAAUCUUCCUUCUAAAAGUAGCCAACAGGGUCAAGAUCCCUUGAUCAUGGAUUCAGCAAUACACUUUGCUAGUCAUACUUUUUCAAAUGUUUCGAGAGCGUUGCAUGAGAACAUUGCGGUUCACUUUGAGCCCAUGAUGCAUCAACUUGUUCUUCAAAGCGAUAGGAUAAAAGGAUUUCAGAGAAACAAGAGCAAAGAUGAUGAAGAUGCCGAGAGCCAACAGAAAUUGGAGAUAUCACGGACGGUGUCUUGUGAGUCUGAAUCACCUUCUGUGGCGGAAGUGGAGGGUCUAUUGGCGGAAAAGUUGGAUAAGGAGACGUCGAAUAAGCGUCUUGGACUGGCGACAGUUGCAGGCGGUGUAGCAGGAGGCAUUGCUGGACUAAUGUUUGCUGGUCCAGUUGGCUGGGUGAUUGGAGGAAAGGUUGGGCAAACAGCUGGAAUACUUGGAGUGGUUCUGGAAGGAUCUGUCAGUAUCGGAGUAUUCGCGUCAGGUGUUGCAGCUGGACGAAAAGCUGGGCAACAACUGCAAGACAAGAUAGAGGAAAAGAGAAUCUUGGCCUUGGGCGACGGAACAAAACAGCGGGUGCUUCUUGUUCGUCCAAAUGUCGUUGUUCAUCCUGAAUGGGAAACGAUCUAUACAAAUGCUCGAAAGUCACAUCCAACUGAUAUCUCGUUUGACAUUUUCCCAAAUCAAUUCAAGUCGGCAAAAAAGGAACGAUACGACCGUGAAGUCGAUAUUGUUAAGACAGACGAAGAGGAACUUGCAACUGGUGACAAAGUUUUGUUACUUGUCAGCAGACAACUCAACAAUAGGGAUAGUCUACCUGGGCAUAUAUACCAAAAGCUGUUGGACACAAUCAGAGUGAGAUCUGCAUCACGGGGUCCCCUUCGUCUUUUAUUCGAGGAACCAGUAAAUUAUCCCAGUUAUCGAAACGUGGAUGAAGAGAGCGGAGAAGAUGCUUCGGAUGAACGCAAGAAUGCGCAUCAGUUACGAAGGGCUAGACGGCAGGAUGCCCAUGCAGUCAUAAAAUAUGUGACAGCUACUUUACUUGAAGUUCGCCCAGGUUUUUCAGCUUCUCCGGCAAUCACAGAGCUAACAGCUACCGCUGUCGAGAGUUUAGUGUUCGGGGAGGCAUAUGAUUUGAUCAUGGAAGAGAUCGAAGCAGACUAUGCUGACCAAGACAACAUGCUUCUUGCCAAAAUUGCAGAAUUUGAGCGGCAGCAAUGGUCGUUGGACUCCACCCCGAAUCGCUACAAAUCCAACGUUUCAGAAUUAGCUCUGGGGGCGAUGCACAGUCUUCCGCAUUCGCACUCGGUAUCCGAUAAACUCCAAUGUUGCACAACUUUCCUGGAACGAAUAUCUGAUUUCUUUUCAGUAUCCAGCACGGAUAGUGGCAACUCCACCAAAUCGAUUGGAGCUGAUUCUUUGCUGAAAUUAGUGUGUCAACAUCUCAUCAUGGCAAAGGUUCCCGCAAUUAAUGCGCAGAUCGCAUUCUUGGAGGAAUUCGCAAGAGACGAGCAGCUGCUUCGAGGAAAAGAAGGCUAUUCGUUAGUUACGCUCCAAGCAUCGUUGCAUUUCCUGAACUCGAGCAAUGACUUUGUCGAAGACAUUUUUGAACAAGACGAUGAUUUCUAA